AUGGCUGAUGUUAAGAGCAGAGGGGGCUGUCGGCAGUCUUUUCUGAUUGUUUGUUUCUGUGUGCAGGGUUUCCUGAUCGGCGCCCGUCCCGAGAACGCCUGCAUCCCGAUCGACCCCCCUCCCCUGCGGGACAACCUCAGCAGCGCCUUCAUCGUGCUGAUCAAGCGCUUCGAAUGUAACUUUGACGUCAAGGUCCUCCAUGCACAGAAGGCUGGCUACAAGGCAGCGAUUGUCCACAAUGUGGACUCUGAUGACUUAAUCAGCAUGGGAUCCAAUGAUCUGGAUAUUCUGAAGCAGAUAGACAUUCCCUCAGUGUUUAUUGGUGAAGAAGCGGCCAACUCUCUCAAAGAGGAUUACAUCUAUGAGAAAGGUGGUCAUGUAAUUCUCAUGCCGGACUUCAGUUUGCCUCUGGAAUAUUAUCUGAUCCCAUUCCUCAUCAUUGUUGGAAUCUGCCUCAUCCUCAUUGUAGUUUUCAUGAUCACAAAGUUUGUACAGGACAGACAUAGAGCCAGGAGAAGUCGCUUACGCAAGGACCAGCUGAAGAAACUCCCAAUUCACAAGUAUAAGAAAGGUAAGACGCCAUCAGCCUAUCACUGCAAGUGUGUCGACCCAUGGCUGACCAAAACCAAGAAGACCUGCCCCGUGUGCAAGCAGAAGGUCGUGCCGUCUGACGGCGACUCCGAGUCCGAGUCGAGCGACAGCGAGGAGAACGAAGUGUCGGAAAACACACCCCUGCUGCGAUCUCUGGCCUCCACCAGCGCGCAUUCCUUCGGCACCAUGUCCGGCUCGCUGUCCCGCCCCGAUGCCGAGUCCUCGGACUACGACGAGCGCAGCGACACUACCGACAGCGAGGAGGAGGUUACCGUGGAGACUGUGGUCGUACAGCUGCAGCAGGGGCGUCCCGACAACAUGGAGGCCAGCGCUUGAGGCGUUAGCCGCCGCUAACUCGAACUCUCAAUGAGAUUCCAAUACAUUUCACCGUCACUUACAGAUUAUCGUCACAAACCUGUUCGGCAAUACUAUGCAGCGAAAUUUUAUAAAUCAUGAUUUCCCCCCAAAUGAAGUGCGCAAAUUUAGCCAACUUGGAUGUCACCUUUGGGAAUGUCGUUAGCGCUUGCUGCCAAACUCAUCUCAAACCUGUAUCCGAUCGCAACCAACUGCAUGUUUUAUACGACACCAUAAGACUUUAUUAGCGACACUGACAAUACCGUUUUAGUUUUGAUCAUUAACAGCGGAGCCGUUCUAUACACCAGUCACUCAAGAGAUCUUGGAAGUGUAGUUAGGUAUAACACAUUUAUAUACUGUAAGUAGGAAGUAAGUUGGGUAAGUAGAUUCGAAGGGUUUUUUGUUUGUUUUUUGAUAACACAACGUGAACUGUUACCGAUUGUCUGGUUGCCUUUUAAUGUUGCUUUACUGUAAAUAUACCUUUCUGCUCACCCUUGUUUCUAAAUAGUCUACAUUAAUUUCUCUUCAUGAAUAAAAUACUACACCUUUUGCUGUUUGUGUGUCGUUUUGUCAUCCAGCGCUUUGCACAUGGUUUUAAAGGUUCUGUAUGUAAUUUUUUUGAC